AUGAAGAGAAAGGAAGAUGAAAUCAAGGAACUCAGAGAAGAAAUGAGCAGUUUCAAAGAAGCCAGAGAAGAAAUGAAUAGGUUAAAAGAAAACUUUUCAAAAGAGACCAACAUGAUCAAAAUUCAUGAAAACAAACAAGAAACAAUUUUGAAGACACAAUCUCUAGAGAGUAGAAAUGCUCUACUGAUGGAAAAAGUUCAAGAAUUAGAGCUCUCUAUGGUGGAAAACAACACGAACAGAAUUGAACGCAAUACAGACAAUCUUCAAGCAGAACGCCUUGGUGAAAAUACUCUUGAUGAAGAAAAUACUGAAGUGAAAUGCCUGAUACCAACACAGAAUAGAUACGAAAUGCUCAGCCAAACAGAAAUGGAGAAACCUGACGCAAGUAGGAUUAGAACCCAACUAACCUCAGAGUCUGAUGAUCUAUCAAAAACUCAACAAACAGAAGUAAAGAAAAAUGAUUCUAAGAGUAAAGGUCAACAAACAACAUAAGACCUUCCAGUCGAGAUUUUAAUGGACUCGCAUGGGAAGGACUUGACCCAAAAUGGAUUUACAAACAUAAAACAUUAAAAAUAACAAAACUUGGGCAGGGAAAGAAAAAUAUCAGGGGAGCAAUUGAACACAUCGAAAACAUAAAAACCCCGAAA